AUAAAAAUUGCACGGCACCAUUUCCACUUGUUUGUUUGACGUUUAAAGGAGUUCCUGGCAGGCCGGUGUAUAGACGUGAAUUAGACAGACGGGUCCGAUCAUGGGAAAACUUUCUACCUUGAUGGUGUCCAAGCACAAGUGAAACACUGGGAUUUUUGCAUUAGUGUAGCAGCGGAUUAUAUAGAGAAAUAAAGUAAGUGUUUACUUUCAGAACUGUGUAAUCAGAAGUCCUGCUUUGACUCGAACGCCUUCUGUACUGAAGUAGAUCUGCAGAAGAACUACUAGCACGUUCUGUCUUUUUCAAAAUUCAUCCCUGUCUAGGUGGGAUCUGGUCAGUGUGAUCUGGCAACCCCGACGGGAACAGAGCAUGUGUGAGAGGGAAGUGAAAGUAAACCUCAGUUUCACAAUCUAACGUUUCACUUUGCAGUAAAAGCUCGGUUCCAUUAAAUAAUGGAGUCAGCAGAGGUGAAGCUGAGCCUACACACUCCUGUUCUCUUACAGCUCGGUGAGGAUGUGAGCACAGAAACCCGCUCAGGUCCAGAUGGAGGAGGAUCAGACUGUGAGGAACACACCGACGCUGUGGACCAUCAGAAACGUAUAAAAAUGGAGGAGAUAAACGAGGAGGGCUUCCUCUGUCAGUCCACAUGGCAGGUCACGGCCCGGCCCGAGGGUCAGGGCACUGUGGGAGAUGUCACACCUGGAGAUGAACAGAAACCUGUAGUAAAGGAGGAACCUGAAGAUGAAGACUAUCUCUGUGAGGGAACAUCGAGCCAUGGGGGAGAGGGGAAAGAAGAAUUUCAGAUCAUGGUUGUAAAAGAGGAAGAGUCCGAGGGCAGCGUCUGUACCACCACAGUUUGCGAAUCGAGCGAUGACGUUCCUAAAGGCUUCACUUGCCGUUGGUGUUCACGGUGCUAUACAUCUCAAAUUUACCUUCACAAACACAGCAGAAGAUGCCACAGUAAAGAAUAUAAGAAGGUGACUGUGCCAGGUGAGAUUAAACAUCAGAAUCUGAUCUCUGGUUCUCUGAACUGUUACGGCCAAAUGCAGGAAGAAGUCCAUUCCUGCUCACAGUGUGGAAAAAGUUUUUCUGAACCAGAUAACCUCCUACGACACCAACACGUCCAUACGAGAAAAAAAAUACACCACUGCUCAGAGUGCGGGAAGAGCUUUACAAACAAGAAUGAUUUCCAAACCCAUCAUUGCUUUCACACGGGUGAGAAACCUUAUGACUGCACAGAGUGUGGAAAGAGCUUUACAACGAAGAGCAAUCUCCAAAAACACCAGCGCAUUCACACGGGAGAGAAGCCGUAUCACUGCCUACAGUGUGGGAAGAAUUUUUAUCAAGGAAAUCAUCUGCAGGAACAUCUGCGCAUUCACAGCGGAGAGAAGCCGCAUCGCUGCCCGGAGUGCGGGAAGUGUUUUACUAAAAAAUAUGGUCUUCAAAUGCACCACCGCGUACACACAGGAGAGAAGCCGUAUCAUUGCUCGCGGUGUGAAAAGAGAUUUACAAACAAGGGGGAUCUCCAGCGGCACCAGCGCGUUCACACCGGAGAGAAGCUGCAUUGUUGCUCGCAUUGUGGAAAUGGUUUUACAAGGAAGAGUAACCUCGAACGACAUCAAUGCAUUCACACAGGAGAGAAACCAUAAAAAAGAUCCCCAGGAACACCAACACAUUCACAAAGCCAAGAAGCAGCUUUAAUUAAUGUAGAUGUGCUUUUUUGUCAUACAGACCUGCACCAACAUGGAGCCAUCAGCUUGGGAUGAACGAUCUUUUAAGUCAUGAAGCAUU